AGGCUUAACAACCUUGUUUUUUCUUCUAUAUUUUGCUAUUUUAUGUUCCUUCAUGAUGGAACAAUAGUCUACAACAAAUAUUCUCCUACUUAAUAAGAAAAAGAGUUCUCAUACAUCUACACUUCGAAUACUGAUUAAAAUGAGCCCUCCAAUUAAGUUCAAGUAAAUUAACAUAAUGAAACUUCUAUACUCUUUUUGUUAGCAUAAAAAAGACUACUUUUCGAAAUAGGUGAUUUUCUAGAACGGAUUAAUAAGAAAAUAAUCUUAAUAAAUGUGGAACGGAAUAAAAUAUUGUGUGUGCAGGUGGAAAAAACAUGUUAGUGGUCAACGACACAAAACAAAUACAUAUAUAGUAUUAGUCGCAUGUGAUGUGAAUUACUACAAAAUGAACCAUUUCUUGAAAUUGCCUGAGGGCUGCAUAUCGACAAUCCUUUCAUUGACAACUCCAGCAGAUGCAGCCAGAUCAUCAGUUAUAUGUAAAGGAUUCAAUUCUGCCGCUGAAUCUGAUGUUCUUUGGGAAAGAUUCCUUCAUCAACAUGAAGUAAUCAUCUCAAGGUCAACGUCUCCUCCCAUUUGCACCACCAAGAAAGAGCUUUUCCUUAGGCUCUCGUCUCACUCACAUAUCCUCCUUGAUAGAGGAAAUUUGAGUUUUUCACUUGAUAGAUGGAGUGGAAAAAAGUGUUUCAUGGUGGCUCCAAGGGCACUUAGCAUUGCAUUGGUUGAGAACCCACAGCAUUGGGAAUGGACUACGCGUCCUGAAUCCAGAUUCUCGGAACUCGCAAUUCUUAAAUCUGUACAAUGGUUAGAUAUUCGGGGGAAGAUAGGAACUCAAAUGCUGUCUCUGGGGACAAAAUACGCAGCCUAUCUUGUAUUCAAGCUACUGAAUGAUACAUAUGGCAUUAAAACGUUGAAUGCAAAAGUCAGAAUUGUCAAUCACGCGAAUGAAAACGAAGCUGUAAAACAAGCUACAAACGUGUACAUUCCAAGCAUGUCAAGAUUCUUUGUUAAGAAUAAAACUGAUCCACUGUAUGAAAAGUAUGCAAAGAUAAGAGGUGAUGGAUGGAUGGAAGUACAGUUGGGAGAUUUCUAUAAUAAGGAAGGCGACGACGAAGAAGUAGAAGCACGAUGUAUGGAGAUCGAGCGCCUUCAUAAUAAGAGCGGCCUUAUUGUUGAAGGAAUUGAGUUUCGCCCUCAACAAUGAACUGUUGUUUUCUUGCUGUAACAACAAUAAUAACAUACCCAGUAUAAUCCUACAAGUGGGAUCAAGGAAGAGUAGUGUGUACGCAGACCAUAUCUCUAUUUUCUGAAGGUAACCAUAGUGGGUUGGAAUAAUUAAUUGAGCUGAACAAUGCGUCAUAAUGUAAUUUGCUUAACUCAACUUUUGGAAGGGGUUAAUUUAAUUCUAUAAUACUAGUAAGGCUUCGUUUA